AUGAAGGACAGCAGGUUGGUGAUCGGCCUCGAUUAUGGCACCACCUACACAGGUGUGUCGUUCUGCGAGGUCUCUGAUUCCAGCUCUGAUCGUCAACAUAUCGAGAUCGUACACGAUUGGCCUUCUCGCCACGGCAAAAUUGGCACGAAAGAGAAGGUACCCAGCGAAGUCGCCUACCUGAAGGAGGGCCUCCGAUGGGGAUCUGACAUCCCUCCGCACGAGAAGCGCCACAUGUGGACCAAACUGGAGCUCGACAAUCGUGGAGAUGGCGAAGCCGCCAAAAUUAUCGGAGAGCUUUCAUCAUCCCCACUAGGACCACGCAAGCCACCCGUUGAGAUCAUCGCCGACUUCCUUGCACAGAUCAAGACACAUCUCAUCAAGAACUUGGACGACAAAUAUGGCAAAGAACUGUGGCGCACGUUAUCUAUCACACUGGUGAUCACAGUCCCAGCAGUAUGGUCCGAUGUAGCCAAAUACCGAACUAUGCAAGCUGUUGAGAAGGCUGGCUUCAACAAGCUGGAGUUUCCGCAGCUCUCAAUGCCUGUGCUUGUGACUACUGAGCCAGAAGCUGCCGCCAUUCACACUAUCAGCACACUUCGCGGUACUGCGCAGGAUACAAAACUGUCAGUCGGUGAUGGGUUCAUAGUAUGUGACAUGGGUGGCGGAACUGUCGACCUGAUCGCAUACCGAGUUUCGAGUCUUCAACCGACAGUCAUCGAGGAAGCUACAGUAGGCAGCGGUGCUCAAUGCGGCGGCAGCUUUGUCGAUCGUGCAUUUCUCCAGUGGCUGGAGCGUCGUCUAGGAACCGAAGACUUUAUCAAGAUUGCUGGUUGCCGUAGCGAGGAGAUUCCACGCACUUCUCUGACUAAGAAAGCGGCCAAACUUCUUCAAGACUUCACGAUGGAGGUCAAAACUGGUUUCUCUGGGACUCAGACAAACUACCUUCUCCUACCAAAUCCGCUAAGCGCCAUCGAUGACGACGAGAAGAGAGGCAUUAGUGACGGUGAACUCACUAUUACGGCGGAGGAUACACGUUCCAUGUUUGAGAAGUGUAUCUUUCAUACGUAUGAGCUGAUUCAGGAGCAACUACAACGCGCUCGUAAAAGUGAAGUGGAGAUCAAGUAUGUCUUCCUGGUCGGUGGGUUUUCGGAGUCGCCCUACAUGUUCGCAAAGAUCAAAAGCUUUGUCGAGAUGCGUGAUAUAAAAGCGAUUCGACCUUCAUAUGCGUGGUCUGCCGUCGCGCGAGGUGCCGCCGCCAAAGGUCUCGAAGGAGGCAACAACGCAAUCUUGAAGCGGAAGAGCCGUCGUCACUAUGGGACCGAUUGUACCGAGAAAUUCUCGAGACGUACGCAUAAGAAAGUCGACAUGUACUGCGACAAAUAUACUGGCGAGAAACGGGCUGAAAACCAGAUGGAGUGGUUGAUCGAGAAGGGCCAAGAUCUACAUGCAUCCGAAGCAACGCACGCUGCUGCUGAGAUCUUGUCUACAUUCUGGGUUGGGGAAGAACGAACGACACAUUGGGAUCUCCUAUCCUGCGAUGCGGAUGUUGCUCCACAGCGAAGUGUUGAAGAGUCGAUAUACCAGGUUGCGACACUCAUCGUAGAUCUGAGCGACGUGCCUGAAGAAGACACCGAGCUAGAAACUAGCGCAUCCGGUCGGAAGUACCACACGAUCAACUCUGUCGUCAACAUCUCGCUCCAAUCCACUCUGGAUUUCUUCAUCACCGUCAACGGCAAGAAGUACGGAUCUUUGACCGCAAGGUAUGAGUAG